AUGGCAGACUCCUCGAGCUCUGCUGCGCCAUCGGGCGCUGGCAAGCCCCAGGCGGCCUCGAAGCCGCCUAACCCAGCAUUCAAAAUGAUGGGCCUCCCUAAUAUGCGUUUCAAACUGCCCUCUCGCAAUUGGAUGAUCUUCCUCACUAUUACUGGAUCAUUCACUGGUGCUCUUAUAUACGAUCGUCGAGAGAAGCGUCGCGUGCAACAAAAGUGGUCGGAGCUCGUGGCUCACAUUUCGAAGGAAUCUCUGCCAAUCGACCAGAUGCGCCGGAAAAUGACGGUUUACCUGGCUGCACCACCGGGAGAUGGCCUGCGCGUGGCCCGGGAUCACUUCAAGGAAUAUGUCAAGCCUAUCCUGGUGGCCGCGGCAUUGGACUACACGGUGGUCGAAGGGCGACGUGAAGGCGACGUGAGAGCCACCACGGCGGAAAACAUUCGCAAGCUGCGCCGAAAGGCCGGAGAGCCCAGCUCAGCCGCCGAAGAGGUCGGCGUGGAUGCAGUCGUUGCUGCUACCCGCGCACACAUUGGGGUCACUGACGAACCGGGCCCCAAGGGUGACUUGGUCAUUGGCCGACACACCUGGAAGGAGUAUAUUCGAGGCUUGCACGAGGGCUGGCUCGGCCCCUUGGAUGCACCAUCUCCGCCUCCGGAGGAGUUGACCGCGGAUACAUCGAAGGACCAUCGAUUCCCCGAGUUCUCUGAAGAGAAAAAAGACGAGAUCCCAGAGCCUAAGAUCGAAGAACCUGAGAAGGAAGAAGCGAAGGAAGAAGAGAAGCCUGCCAAGCCAGCCGGUCCUACUCCUGCAUACAUCUACCCCAACGAAUAUUCGUCCGCCGUCCUCCCCCACACCAUCCCCCAGACCUUCGACAGCUCCACCCCAGUCGAAUUCCCCCAUCUUCUUGGUUUCCUGAACACUCCGAUCCGAGUCUACCGCUUCCUUACACAACGUUACCUUGCCGAGGACAUCGGCCGCGAAGUUGCCGCGCUUGUCCUUGCGAAUAACGCACGGCCAUACCACGAAGGCACUUCCAACACAGAGUCCGAUCCCACAAGCCCCAGUGUUGACCCCACUCCUUCUCCUGACAGCUCCUUCACCGAUCUCCCCGCUCGCAUCUAUGAGCAGCAGACCGUAAUGGAGGCUGCUGAAAGCGAAUGGCACAAGUCUGUGCACAAGCGCGAAGAAGACGAGAAGGAGCGCGAGUGGCUCGAUGAUAUCGUGCUUGAUCAGCGCAUUGCCUCGCGCAUGCAGCGCGCAAUCCUUUCUCCGGAAGAUGAGGCGCGUUCUCAACGCAUCGCCGAGAAACAGGAAUACAUUCUUGGCGAGGAGCGGCCGGCUCCCGUGCCUUUCUGGAAGCGCAUGUGGAUCGAUUACGGGUACGGUGAGAGUGAUGAGGUCCUGAGACGUAAGCCCAUCCUGGGUAACAUCGACGGAGAGGACGGACAGUGA